ACCAGCUGCUUGUGAUAAGAUUUUUGUAACGGCGUUGCCUGACGCCACAUACCGCGAGAUUUGUUAUGCAUUAUCACAAUUCAGACGUUUAUGACUAAGGAACCGUAAGGCUGACAUAUUCAUGCUUGCGAUCAUGGCGGAGUGAGGAGCUUUGGUGGACCGAGAUCGAGUUGUGAGAUCUGAGCCAUGUGAUGGGUAUUGGGCUGAAUAGUAGGCCCAUAAUCACGAGCCAUUCCAAUUCCCGCAACUACAAAACCGGAGCACAAGACGAACCAUCAUAGAUUUGUAUUAAGCUUUCAUACUUGCAUUGCGUCUCUGUUUCAGCCAAUUCACCAAAAUGCCUUCUUCAAUUCCCUAUGAUCCAUCGCUCGUACUAGCCAACAUCGUGAGCAGCGAUGCGCUCAAACUAGUUGAGCAGAUCUCGGGGCUCCAGGCUCCCGUUGAUGCCGCCCAAGAACAGCUCAAUACUCUCUUAGCAGCCAAGCGCAGUCUUCAAAUGACUAAAACUGAGCUUCUCAACAUUGGCAUCAAGACGGACAAGGUCAACAAGUCCAUCCAGGCGUUGGAUCGCAAGAUUGAGGAAGCCGCAGCAGACUACGCUGAGGAGAAAAUUGAGGCCGAAGAGAAGAUCCAGCCUCUACGUGCUACAAUCAGGAGCGUCCAUGUGGAGAUGGAGAGCCCAGUGGACUACGUCAAAACACAAAUCAAAUCAAUGCCACUUGCUUCCGACUCUAUCAAUAUGGAUGUACAAUACUUUUCUAACGACACUAAUAAAGAAGAGGCUUCGUCCUUGGCUGGCAAUGUUGCAUCGUAUGUGUCAACCGCAAUGAGCUGGCUGGGCGAGAGCACGUCUGGCCAGAUGACUCGGGCCGCUGCGACCCAGGUUAGCGAUCAAGUCAAGAAGCACAACAUUUCGGGCACCCUGGUCAUUUCUGUAUCAUGUACUCACAAGAAUGCAUCGGUUCUGGCACCCUUUGUCAUUAAUGUCGACAAGGGCAUCAAGGUGUGGAACCAUCUUUUCAAAGAGGAUAAAAUCAUCCCCACGAACACAGCGAACAUGUUGGGGAUAGCCAAGGAAGAGGCUGAAGGCAAAGAUGACAAAAGAUUCAGCAUCAUCUCUGGCAUGACUUUCGGGUCCAGCUUUGUGGGCAUGGUCCACAUUUUGAACAGCAGCAAUACAAGCGUGAGCGAGAAGAUGAACACUGUCGUUGAAACUUUCCAGACGCAGGCCAAAGGGCAGUUGGAAAUACUUGCAGCUUACGCAAAUCUUUCUGGUGGAUUCGGCGUCAACGAGUCUAUGGCAAAUAGCGUCAAAAGCCUACUCAGCUCGCAGGACAUCAACUGUCAUGCCACAUUGAUCUGCAUGGGCGUGAUUCCUUCCAUUGUGGCGAGUGAGGUUCAGAUUGGUGUUGACAAGUUUGCCAACUUUGAUCCGAAGUCAAGCCUCGAGGCGCUUGCGACGAUUCAAAAUGCGACUGUUGCUGAACAAGAUUCAGUGAAGCAGGCGGCGGAUGCGGCGCGAACUGGCGCCCAAAUGCUGUCUAUGAAGAAUGCCGAGAUGAAGGCUGCCCUAUCGGCAUUGGCGGAAAUUGAUGAUGGCAAAAACAAGGUUAUCGACGUCAAUUCUAUGAUGACCGCACUUGAAGAUUACCUCAAAAAGGCAGCAGACGGUAAUUCUGGCGUCCCCAUCAACUACUACCUGAAGGAUAUUAGCAAGAGUAUGCUGGCGGAGAUGUGGGUAGCCAAAUACUACCCUGGCAAGUACCUGUCGAUUUCUCACGACGAUGCAGGACCAAGUGGUCCGCCAAGUGCCCAGCCAAGUGGUUCAUCAAGUGAUCAGCCAAGUGGAAGUGCCGGUGCGCCUGAGUCUUAGAUACUGGUUGCGAAUAGGGUUUAUAUUUCAAGGCAUUUGGCUGGUGUUAAGUAGACUAUUAUUCUAUAAUUAAAUUUUGCUCUAUUUU